GCACGCGCAUGUGGGUUGGCACGCAUACUGCCCAACGCGGUUCGACAGAAAGGAAAUGAAUGAGAGUCUAGCUCUCAAAUCAUUACGUCAUGCAGGGAUAGGACUCAAUGUCUCGCAGUGUGAUAGCUGCUCGAACACUUACGUCUCCCCGACAAAACAUUAAGUCGUCUACAAACGAUUUAUUGCCUUCACGCUCAUUCCACAUUUGGAUAUCGUAUCGACCUCCAUACCCCGAGUUCCGGAGCACAGUUUUGGUCAUAUCGCUCUGGCAUUACACCAGACCUACCAGCCAUGGCCGAGCACAUAGCUCAGUCCAAGUGCUAGCAGGAAUACGUAAGCUUGCCUUGCCACGUGAUAGGCACAGAGUGUACCGUUGCAAAUCUGGACGGGAUUCAGACUUAGAGGCGUUCAGUCUUAAUCCCUCAGAUGGUAGCUUCGCACCAUUGGCCUUUCGACCAGACACAUAUACCAAAUGUCUGAACCUGCAUAUCCUCUCGUACUAAACAG